GCACUCGGUGGUGCUCGGGAGGACUGACUCGCUUUACGGCCCGGGCGCCGCCGCGCGACAGUCGCUGUUCUCUUGUCGCCCGCACCCUCAACAUGGCGUCGGGCAGCGGGACUAAGAACUUGGACUUCCGCCGAAAGUGGGACAAAGAUGAAUACGAGAAACUUGCAGAGAAGCGGCUCACGGAAGAGAGAGAAAAGAAAGAUGGCAAACCAGCUCAGCCUGUCAAAAGGGAACUUCUGCGGCACCGGGACUACAAAGUGGACCUGGAAUCGAAGCUGGGCAAAACCAUCGUCAUCACCAAAACUACCCCUCAGUCAGAGAUGGGAGGGUAUUACUGUAACGUCUGCGACUGCGUGGUGAAGGACUCUAUUAACUUCCUGGAUCACAUCAAUGGCAAAAAACACCAGAGAAAUCUGGGCAUGUCCAUGCGGGUGGAGCGCUCCACGCUGGACCAGGUGAAGAAACGUUUUGAGGUGAACAAGAAGAAAAUGGAGGAGAAGCAGAAGGACUAUGACUUUGAGGAGAGGAUGAAGGAACUCCGCGAGGAGGAGGAGAAGGCCAAAGCCUACAAGAAGGAGAAGCAGAGAGAGAAGAAAAGGCGGGCGGAGGAAGAUUUGACAUUUGAAGAGGAUGAUGAAAUGGCAGCUGUGAUGGGUUUCUCUGGUUUCGGCUCAACCAAAAAGAACCACUGAGCAGCUCUGGACUCUCCUCUAUCUUCAAACAGAUUGUUUUUACCCAGGGGACUCUGGAUAACUCUUAAAAGACUUGAUUUGAAGACUUGUCUGUAAAUCUCCCGGUAGAAGUUGGCUGGAGGAGUGGAAAAGCGAUUCCGUGCUCUCCCCGUGCUGCAGAACAAGCGCCGCCCGUCGUUACCUUCCCUUCUCCUCCUGUGUCCCAGAUCCGGCUGCUCCUGGCUGCUCCGUGGCCUCGUGUGCGCAGGGAGCUGUUCUGCUGGGUACCUUUCUGUGUCAAUAAAACGCAACAGCUCCGUGCAGGUGGCCUGGUUCGGAAUGAAUCUCCUUGUCAACCAGGUGUCGUUGUUCUGGGCUCUCCUUGUUCUUCGCUGUCCCCGUGGCCGCGUGUCUGAGGGGCGGGGAGCGAUGCGGGCUCUUCUGGGAUCACAGAGGGGAAGGGGAUGGAGGUGCCACGGCCGUGCUGAGCACACCAGUGGCUGCCUGGAGUCUGGGGCGCUGAAAACUUUCCUGUGUGUUUUUUUUUCUGCUUUUUCUUUGUGUUUUGUCCCAUAACUUUGAUAUCUCGAAGGCGGGGGAGAAAUCCCUCCCCGCGACUGAUGUAGGAUAGAGCGAGGGAAAGGAAGGUGCGUGCGAUUUGCCGGAAAUAAAUGAAUCUGUUUAAUGGGUC